AUGGACUCGGCGGUAGAAUCCCAAUUCCGCACCAAUGGCACCUUCCCCGCCACCGACCUGAACGGCAGCCAUCCGAAAGCUUCGCCCAAGGUCACAACGUCGAACGGAACCAUCGCGGGCUUGCUGUCGCGCCAGAACAAUGAUGGUACACGCGGGGGGUUAUUCGGGGAUGAGGAGGAUGACGAAACAUCUUCGGGCGGCCCUGCGUCGUCGGUGACGAGCCCAUCGUCAGUGACGUCGCCCCCGUACUGGUUGAACAAUCACCACCAGCGCUCCGUCUCCAACAUCUCGGUCGAGUCUGUGCUGCCCGCCGGCGCGAUCACGAUGCACGACAAUGAAGCCAGCGACGGAAACGACCGGAACCGCGCGUGUUGGGCCAAGAGCGUCGAGAUCACAGAUUAUGUCAUAGUCAACGGCAGCGCGACGAACAUUGGGGCUUUUGUGGUAUGGAACAUCAGAGUUGAAACGCUACAAGUAGGUGACCUGCGCAGGCCUUGGCCACCUGGAGGCUUGAGGUAUCUUGGAACUGGGCCCGACGCUGACAAAGGUGAACAGGGCAGCUAUAUGAACAUUCGCAAGCGAUACUCAGAGUUCGACGACCUUCGCGAGAAGCUCGUCACGUCGUUCCCCAAUUUCGAGGCGGCCGUGCCCCCUCUACCGCCCAAGAGCGUGAUAUCGAAAUUCAGACCCAGAUUCCUCGACAAGAGGAGAUCGGGGCUGCAGUACUUUCUCAAUUGUAUAAUGUUGAAUCCCGAGUUCUCUGGGUCGCCAGUACUCAAGGACUUUCUCUUCUCAUAA